GCUCAUCUAUUUUUAGCCAGAGCAGUUUCAAUAGCCAUGCCAGUGAUAAAUCAAUGAUAUCCACUAUAUUGGAUGAGUCUCUGAUUCGAGAACAGACAGAAGUUGAUCAUUUCUGGGGCACAGUGCUGGCAGUGCUGACAUGGGUGUGCUGGGUGUUGUGCUGUGUUUCCAGGCAGUGACACCACGCUGCUGCAGGGGAAUGGGGGCAUAGCAGCAGCAGCAGAGCUGCAGCCCACGCUGAACGGCUACACGUGCAGUGACUGCAGCAUGCUGUCAGAGAGGAAGGAGGUCCUCACUGCCUACUCAGCUUCCCACGUGCCAUCCUCCAGGAUCUACACUAGGGACAGGAGCCAGAAACAUGCAUCCAGAGGAACGUAUUUCUACAUGAGUAAGAUUCUACGAUUAGUCAAAAAUACUGCAGCAUCUUUUGCAUCACUAUUAGUGCAACUAUUUCAAAUGGUUUUGCUGAAGCUGGGUUAUGAAUGUAAAGCUCACUCAGACUACUGUGGAAGCAUGAAUGUGAAGGAGUUCUACAGAGAAGAUAGUCAUCUUGGUGUGAAUGAGGAAUCAAUAUGUGAUGACUGUAAAGGGAAGAAACAUCUUGAAAUAUACACCACAGACCACAUGCAGUCCUCAUGGGCUAAAAGGGUAGCAAGGACCAUUUGGCACACCUUUUCUUCUGCAGGUUACUUUAUACUUCACGUGUUGCAAACAGUGGGAGCGACGGGAUGGCUUGUGUCACAGAAGGUGUUGUCUCUACUUUGGCUGGCCAUUCUCUCUCCAGGGAGGGCAGCUUCUGGCAUGUUCAGGUUGCUUAGAACUGGAUGGUAUCAACUUGUUACUCUGAUGUCUUUGCUCAAGGUGUUCCUUGUAAGAAGAUGCCUUCAGAAGAACUACAGGUGGUUACUGUUUCUUAUCCCACUCCUGUUUCUACUAGGUUUGUGGUUCUGGGGGCUUAAUGGCUUCAUUUCAUUAUUACCUCCAUUGAACUGGACAAGAAUUGACACAAUACAGAGAACAGAUGAUUCUGUUCAUGUUCCUGAACAAGAUCAUUCUUUUCAUUCUUUGCAACCCCCAAAGGAUACUAUAAAUGUCUUUGACUUUGGUCGCAUAAGUGAGCUGGAAAAGCAAAUGGCCUUCAUGUCUGACAGAUGCCAUGACCGAAACAAAGAAUAUACCAAAGUGAUGAGCCUGCUCCAGAAUCUUCAAGAUCAGGUUGCCACAAUGAGUGACAGAAGUGAAACAUUGAAUUUUAUAAAAAACGUGAUGAGUCAAUAUCUUAAAGAUACGAAAUUGGAGGAAAAGACUGACUUCCUGGCUUUACAUAAAGAACACGAGUUGCGCAUCCAGACGCUGGAAGACCUUCUUAGAAAACUCUCAGCUGAAUCCAAGGACAUCCAGAAGGAGUUUGAACUAGCCAAAUCAAAAUCAGUGAGAGAUGAUGAUCAAUACAGUGUACUUAUGUCCAAAAUUAAAAAGCUAGAACUAGAGCUGGCUUCUAUGAAAUCGGAGCUGCUAUCUGGGGAAAGUGUGAAGACAAGUUGUGAGAAAAUGGAUGUCAUUCAUGAAAAAGUAGAUGCCCAGGUCAAAGAAUCUGUCAAGCUAAUGCUUUUUGGUGAUCAACAAGAAGACUUUCCUGAAUCACUUCUCCAGUGGCUUACCUCCAAUUUUGUCAGCAAAAGUGAUCUACAGACUUUGCUGCGGGAUCUUGAGUUGCAGAUCCUCAAGAAUAUUACUCUCCAUAUGUCUUUAACAAACCAAAAAGUAACAUCUGAAGUAGUUACAAGUGCUGUGACUAAUGCAGGGAUUUCUGGAAUCACAGAAGCGCAAGCACAGAUUAUUGUAAAUAAUGCACUGAAACUCUACUCUCAAGACAAGACUGGGAUGGUGGAUUUUGCCUUGGAAUCUGGAGGUGGCAGCAUUCUGAGUACUCGCUGUUCUGAAACCUAUGAGACCAAGACAGCAUUAAUUAGCCUCUUUGGAAUUCCUCUGUGGUACUUCUCUCAGUCUCCCAGAGUAGUGAUUCAGCCGGACAUGUAUCCAGGAAACUGCUGGGCUUUCAAAGGAUCACAGGGCUAUCUUGUGGUGAGACUUUCCAUGAAGAUCUAUCCAACUGCCUUUACACUGGAACACAUACCAAAAACUCUUUCACCAACAGGAAAUAUCACCAGUGCUCCUAGGAAUUUUUCAGUAUAUGCUCUGGAUGAUGAAUAUCAAGAAAGUGGCAAGCUUCUAGGAGAGUAUGUCUAUGAUCAAGAUGGAGAACCACUGCAGAUGUUUCCAGUGAUGGAGAAAAAUGAAGAUGCAUUCCAAAUAGUGGAGCUGAGGAUUUUCUCUAACUGGGGCCAUGCAGAGUACACCUGCCUUUAUCGGUUCCGCGUGCACGGGAAACCUGCCGAGUAAUUCACACUACAGCUGGGGUGGCUGCUUUGUACAUUUUGUUCCUAAUCUGUAUAUACUGGGAAGCCUACAACACUGGAACCUGUAAAGGACGAGGAUUCAAGGCGCACACUGCAGAACUGUUGAUCCUCUGGUAAAGGCAGAAGACUGUCAGCAGAAAUGUAUAAACCCCAAUUUUUAUUUGCUCUAAGGCUCAACUUGUACUUGCCAGUUCGCUUCAUAUUUCUGUGUCCAUGCUGAAAGAAAUAAUGCAUGCAAACAGCUCUGGUUCAUAAAGCCCAGUUGGCUAACAGGUGACACGUUUUAUUACAAAUGAAUGUAUAGGUUUUUUAAAAAGAAUAAACCACACUUUCUGCAACUAGGAAUCUGUUCUUCUUUAAUCCAGGACUUAACUGCAUACUUUUGCUAGCUUGGCACCACAAGCCAAAAAACUGUGGUACAUUUUGAACACUUACUGUGGCUAAAGGUGUCCUUCAGUUGACAAUUGGUUUUUACCUUUUUGGUGGAUCCAAAAGGGCUUCUUUGCUACGUGUUGAAUAUAAUAAAUACUACUGUCAGGGAAAGCUAACACAACCAAAACCAGUUUAAACACCAGCGACUGAGAAUGCUUUACUGUAAUUUGUGGCCACGAAUUGCUCUAAAAGUCAGGGAUAACUUUAAGUAACUGAAGUUAUUUUAAGGGUUUUUACCAUGGCAACUUGGCCAGUUUGUUCUUUUUUUAGUGUCAAUGCCAAAUCGACCUUGAUGUACUAACUGACUGGCUCAGAGCUGAUAAGCCUGCUGAAUUGUUCAGUAAACACUGCUAUACAGCAGUUGCACUACCUUAGUUUGUCAAAAGUGAUCUCUUUGGGACAAGAUCUCCUUAGACUGGUUGAUUGUUAUACUCCAGAAAUGUACUGUGAGAAAUUGGUGUGUGGAAAAUAAGCCUGAGGUAAUUCUCGCUGCGUCACAUUGACAAGAGGGACUCGAGCUCAGCGCUGCUGUGUGCAAACACGGGCAUUUCUGAUCCUCCCCACAUGCCUUAGUUGGCUACCAGAUGAGUAGAGUUGCUCUUGGAAACAUUUCCACCUAGAACGAGAUGAAACUGCUUAUUACCCCCCAUAGCCUUGCUGCUUUGAAGAUCCUUUUUGGAAAAGAUUCCUGAAAUCCACUUGUAUGCAGAAUUUUUAUCUUACUGUUCUAGUGCAUUUUGUAGUUACACAGAACUGUUACCACAUGGACCUGCUGACUGGUUUUCUGAAUUGAGUUAUGUAUGUUGCACAACAGUCCUCGAAUUUUUGAAAUGCAAAAAGUCUCCAUGUGAAGAACUGUUUUUCACUCAACCUAGAGACAGAUCCUAUGGCCUACGCAGAGUGGUAGAUGAACACAUGUACAGGUGUUUUCAUAUUGUAGGUUACAUAUUUAAAAUUAGAAUUAUCCUGUAUAAAUUGAAGUUAGGUAGCUGGGGGGGGGAAUAUUUUGAAUAACACUAACUUAUUUUUAAAAAAGCAAGAUAGGACUUUGUGCAAUGUAUUUUUGUAAAUGCUUUUCAAAAUGUCUGUUAUUCUUUGCUGCCUCCAAACUGACAAGAUGCUAUUGAGAUGUUUAAAUAAAGAGUUUUAAUUUUUGAAAGUGCAUGUAAUACUUGAAACAAGAAAUAAAGCCUCUUUUCUGAU